CUCAGAUUGUGACUUGAGGAUGGAGAGAGUAAGGGAGGAAGAAGGCGCUGAAAGUCCGCUCGCACAUGCAACUCUCUGAACAAUAAAUGGCAGGCGCUGUGCUGUGUUCUCUUCCGCCAACCGCAGCACUUUGCCUCAGGCAUGGUGUUCUGAAGCCCUCAGCAAAGGGAAGAAAGGCUGCCUUGCAGCCAAAGAUUGAGCCUACGCCCCAUCAUCUUCCACUCUCAAACUCAUUUGGGAACCAGAAUUGUGGUGUUCGUGCUGGCCCAGUCCGUUUGCAAAGCACCAGAACUGCUCAUCGUCAUGGCAAACUGCCGCAAAGCAAUUGCCUUAGCAAACCCCACGAGUUGGCUAGUGAAACGGGUGUUCGUCUGCCUCAGAGUAACAUCCCUCUCAAGAGACGGCAGGUAGUCACAUGUGGAGCAGCAGGAAAGCCAGAUGCCAGUAGUAACCUGGCCCGCAACUUGGAGCUGGAACCGAGCACGAGAGGUCCCAGGAAUCAGGCUGGCAACCAGUUCAACGGCAUCUUCCUGCUACUGAUUCUCAACAUCGGCAUCUAUGUUGCUGAUCAUCUCUUGCACCUGCCUGUGAUGCGCAGCCUGUACCUGAAUCAUGUCCGGCCACAGUGGUGGCAGUUUGUCACGUCCACCUUCUGCCACUUCAACUGGAAUCACCUGUCGAGCAACCUCUUCUUCUUGUACAUAUUCGGCAAGCUCGUGGAGGAAGAGGAAGGCAGCAUCGGUGUCUGGGCAUCGUACCUGGUCACUGGCAUCGGAGCGAACGUCGUCUCGUACCUGCUACUUCCGCACUCCAGCGGGGGCGCGGCAGUUGCGUCGUGCGGGGCCUCGGGGGCUGUCUUUGGUCUCUUUGCCAUCAGUGUCCUUGUCAAGCUAAGCUGGAACUGGCGAAAGAUACUCGAGGUGCUCAUCUUGGGACAGUUCGUGGUUGAAAAGGUCAUUGCUGAAGCUGCAAUGUCGGCUCGCGGCACAAAGGGCCUGCUGUCGGGAGGCAUCAACCACGUUGCACACCUAGCAGGGGCGCUGGUAGGCGUUGCGCUUAUCUACCUGAUCACCAGGUUGCCAGAAGCCGUCUCUAAAGUUACUGACAAGGACCUCCUCGAAUAAGGCGACUUCAGCCUGUGUGCGUCGUUGCAGUCAAUUCUGAUAGAUAGAUCUGGUUCUAGGCUUAGGCCUCCAGAUUGUAGGUAGUCGGCAUACGAUUCCGAUUUCCACAUGUAUAGUCGCUGGCGAUUCACAUGGGGAGCAGCGUGAGGCACUGAGACACAUGGCAGCUCCAGAUGCAUACAUUAAGCUGGCGGCGUUUAAGAUGGUAUAUCGUCGGCACGGCCAUGCACAUUGCCGGCGGCCUAUGUACAUCAUUGUUCAC